GCGAGGUCCUCCGUUGGCCUAUCUCGCCAUGCGUCGGCGUCGGCUGGUCGGCCUGGGCUGCGUCUUCGGCCCCGGCGCGCACCAGAGCUAGCCGACCGCACCUGCUUCCUUCUCUCCUUUCAAUUUCGUUGACCGCAUUCCCUGUCCUAUCUUGUAGUCGGGCGCGCCGGGUGCUUGUAAAAAUGCCUGACCGGAUGGCUUGCAUUGGGAGCGGGAGCGUGUGCUGUCCUUCGCUGUAGUGCUGUGGUUUCCUUUGCUCUGCAUCGUUCCGCCUCUUAUUUUGUACCGGAUGAAAUCAUUUAUUGAGCUUGUGCACCGAUGCGAUCAAUUGCCACGCAAUGAUGCAAGUCAACAAUUGCCACGAAAUAUCUUCCCCGUCACUGUUACCCACUUGCCUUCAGUCCAGCUUGCAUUAUUGCACCUACCAGCAAGUCUCUUCCUUGUUUCCAUCACCUGUUGCCUCUUCUCAGAUCUCCCUGUGGUUGAGCCUGUGAGGAAGAGCAAGGAAGCCCUGCGAGCAAGGAAACAUGGCAGAGUCGCUGCUGCUCCCCGUGGUGCGCGGCGUCGUCGGCAAGGCGGCUGACGCUCUCGUGCAGAGCAUCACUCGCAUGUGGGGCGUCGACAAGGACCGCCUCAAGCUCGAGCGCCACCUGGUGUACGUGCAGUCCUUGCUGGCUGACGCCGAGGCGAAGAGCGAGACCAACCACGCCGUCCGGACGUGGAUGAAGGAGCUCAAGGCCGCCGCGUACCAGGCCGACGACGUCCUCGACGACUUCCAGUACGAGGCGCUGCGCCGUGAGGCCCUGAGCGGCCAGUCCAUGGCAAGCAAGAUACUGAGCAACUUCACCUCAAAGAAUCGUCUUGUAUUCCGUCAUAAAGCGAGCAGAGACCUGAAGAACGUGCUCGAAAAGAUUGACGAGCUCGUGACCGAGAUGACAAAGUUUGGCCUGGUGGCGCUUCCGGAGGCGCCGCCGCAAGCUCUUCCUCGGCAGACGCACUCAGCGCUGGAUGAAUCCAUGGAGAUAUUUGGCAGAGAAGGUGACAAAGAUGGGGUGGUGGAACUGUUGCUGGACCAGCAAGAUCAGCAGGAUGUACAAGUGCUGCCCAUCCUUGGAAUGGGGGGUGUGGGCAAGACCACGCUAGCCAAGAUGGUGUACAACAACGACAAAAUUCAGAAGCACUUUGAAUUGAGGAUGUGGCACUGCGUGUCAGAAAAUUUUGAAGCUAUUCCUCUUGUUAGAUCUGUAAUUGAGUUGGCUACAAAUAGCACAUGUGGUCUGCCUGACACGAUCGAGCUUCUGCGAGGAAAACUGCAGGAAGCUAUUGGCCGCAAAAGGUUCCUACUCAUUCUCGACGAUGUGUGGAACGAAGACCAAAACAAGUGGGAGGAUGACUUGAGGCCGCUACUCUGUUCUUCAAUUGGUGGAUCAGGAAGCACAAUAGUUGUCACAAGUAGAAGCCGACAAGUGGCGUCAAUAAUGGGCACCCUUCCACCUCAUGAAUUAGUGUGUUUGAGUGAAGAUGAUUCGUGGGAAUUGUUCUCAAAGAAAGCAUUUAGUAAAGGAGUGCAAGAGCAAGCAAAGUUUGUCAAAAUUGGCAGAUGUAUCAGCAACAAGUGCAAGGGACUGCCUCUUGCACUGAAGACAAUGGGUGGAUUGAUGAGUUCAAAACAACAAAUCGAGGAAUGGGAGGCCAUUGCAGAUUGCAAUAUUAGUGAUACCAAUAGAGGUAAAGAUGAGGUAUUGCCCAUACUAAAACUGAGCUACAAGCACUUGUCCCCUGAGAUGAAGCAAUGCUUUGCCUUCUGUUCACUUUUCCCCAAGGACUAUGAGAUGGAGAAGGACAUGUUGAUUCAACUAUGGAUGGCAAACGGUUAUCUUCAUGAAGAGGGGACGAUGGACUUGACACAAAAAGGGGAAUAUAUCUUCAACGAGUUGGCUUGGAGGUCCUUUUUCCAAGAUGUGAUAUUAGUGAGGGAGCCCUAUUUUAUGCAUGCCUCAAAACAAGAGAUAAAUGGAUGUAAAAUGCACGACUUGAUGCAUGACCUUGCAAAAGAUGUUGCAAAUGAAUGUGCAAAUGCGGAAGAGUUAAUUCAGCAAAACAUGCCUGUAAAUGACGUCCAUCACUUGCAUAUUCGGGGAAAUUAUCAAUUGAACAAAAUCAGCCAGUUACUGGGAGGCACUAUGUAUCUUCGCACACUGUUGAUGCCACCAUCAUCGUACAAGGAUCUGAUGAAGUCAAAACUGAUGCCAUCAAGAGCAUUGAGUAUUCUUUGUAGAGAUACUUCAAUCGUCCAUAUGCUCACACGCACAGCACAUUUGCGGUAUCUUGAUCUCUCUUACUCGAGUAUUGUUAGCUUGCCAAACUCAAUCUGUAUGUUGUAUAACUUACUGUCUUUGAGGCUUAAUCACUGCUCCCUACUACAAUAUUUACCUGAGGGUAUGAGAACUAUGAGGAAGCUCUGCCAUAUUUAUCUCUUGGGGUGUGGUAGCUUGGAACGAAUGCCCCCAAAACUUAGUGUACUACACAACCUUCGCACACUAACAAGAUUUGUUGUGGGCACAAAAGAUGGAUGUGGAAUCGAGGAGCUCGAAGACCUACGACAGAUUGGCGGCAGGUUGGAACUGUAUAAUUUGCAGGAAGUAAAGUGUGGGUCGAAGGCCAAUCUCCAUGAGAAACAUAAUCUAAAUGAAUUGUUGUUGUAUUGGGAUCAUUUUCGUGAGGCUACUAAUCAUGAACAAGUAUGGAAUCUCUUGUACCUCAUGAUAAGCUAAAAAGUUUGGAGGUGCAUAGUUACGGUGGCCUCACAAUCUCGCAAUGGAUGAGAAACCCUCAAAUGUUCCGGUGCUUGAGAGAACUUAUUAUGUCCGGAUGCCCAUGGUGUAAGGACCUGCCAAUAGUAUGGUUGUCAUCCU